GCUAAAGAAAGAGAAGGUAGUUUAGUUCCAUUUGAUGCUGGUGCUUCUGAUAAAUUUGAGAAGGUAGGAAAUAAAUUCUCUGGCAAUGAUUAUAAUGAACGGCGCUCAAAGAGGAAAUACCGUGCAAGGUCUGAAAGACAUGACAAAGAUGAGGAAGAAAAAGAGGAAGAAGAGGAAGAUCAAGAAAAGGAAGAGGAAGAAGAAAGGGAUCAUAAAUCCUUGAGGAAGAAGAGGCAUUCUCGCCAUUCUUCGCACCACAAUAGGGAUAAGCAUAAGCACAAAAAAAGACGAUCAUCUUCCAAGGACACAGAUUCUAGACAUAAGCAAGAUAACUCCUCCGACAAUGAGCCUCGAGAUUCUCGAGAUAUGCAAAAGCAAGAUGUGUCCACUGAUGAUGAGCUGCAAAUCUCUAAUCAUCGACAUAAACAUGAGCCCUCCUCAGAUGAGGAGCAUGAACAUUCUCGAAAAAGAGAUAGACACAGAAAAUCCUCUGAUGAUAAACACAGGCGCUCGAGACAUGGUUAUAGACUUGAUAGUUCCACUGAAGAUGAUCAGCAGUACUCUCGGCAUCGGCAUAAACACGAGAGAUCUCCCAAGGAUAAGCAUCAGCACGAAAGCAGAACAAAUAAACACAGGAAGAGAUCUCGUAAGGAAAAAGAUGGGGACUUGGAGGAAGGAGAAAUCUGCUCGAAGUCGGAUCAAUCAAAAGCUAGUGAUGGUGAUCGUGCUAGUCGGGAAGCUUCUGUGAGUUUAUCAAAUCGUAUCGGGGAUGGAAGAGCUCCAUCCCAACCUACUCAAACCACUCAGGUUUCUGAUGAUCUAAGAGCCAAAAUCCGAGCCCAUGUUGAUGGCUACCUUAUAGUCUGCCGUGCAAGUUAGCCUGUGUUUUUCUUUAAAUUAAAAAAAGAUUGUAUUUUUAACGGCGAUGGUACAGAUUGGUUAUCUUCGUUUGUUCUUUUUCAAUUUUGAAUUUUUGUUCAGUUUAAGAACCAACUCUGGAAGGAAACUAGAAAAGAGAAAAUUGGCGAAAAUGCGGAAGGCUUUUAUUAUGAGAAAAUUUACUUCUGGUUUUGAUGGAA